UAUGUUCCCCACUCCCUCUCCAGCUAUAAAAGCAAUAGUGACGCGUCACCAGGUCUUCUUCUCACGUCAGCCACAGCAGACACUUCUCGUCCCCACACCGGAAUCCACAAGAAUCAUGUCUGACACCGAGCGCACCUUCAUCGCCGUCAAGCCCGAUGGAGUCCAGAGGGGACUCGUCGGAGACAUCAUCAAGAGGUUUGAGCAGAAGGGCUUCAAACUGGUGGCGAUGAAGAUGACAACGGCCAAAGUUGAGCUUCUUCAGCAGCACUACGCAGACCUGAAGGAGAGGCCCUUCUUCCCCAGCCUGGUCAAAUACAUGAGCUCUGGGCCUGUGGUCGCCAUGGUGUGGGAGGGUCUGAAUGCAGUGAAGACCGGCAGAGUGAUGCUGGGCGAGACCAACCCAGCCGACUCCAAGCCUGGUACCAUCAGGGGCGACUACUGCAUCCAAGUUGGAAAGAACAUCAUCCACGGCAGCGACUCUGUGGAGAGUGCCAAGCACGAGAUCAGCCUGUGGUUCAAGGACGACGAGGUGUCCAGCUACGUCAGCUGCGCCCAGAGCUGGCUGUACGACUAAACCCACCUGCCCCCUCUCCUACAACCCGGACACCGGACACGCUGGUGGACGACCAGUGUCUUUGCCCCUUUGGUGUUCCUCCCUUCUACCCACGGAGGGCAGACGGCGGAUCCGUCAAGGCGACUCCCCCCCCCCCCCGUCAUGUCUUACUGUACCGUUUUGGGUCUGCUUUGUGGACCUGAAGUCCUUGUUCCAUUCCGGCUUCCUUGUUCCAUUCCAGCUUCAAACACCUUUCCCCAAGUUGCAUUCCUUGUGAGAGUAUCAUGAUGGUUUCUGCUGCUAAAAUGGUGAUUUUGGUUUUUGAAUAAAACUUGACAAGAUCUCAA